UCAACUAUGUUAAAUUUUACCUAGACUUGACAGAUAUCGUAUUUAUAAGCCAGGUAAAGCCGUCUGUAGAAGAGGACGGAAACCCUGUUUUAGGAUGUUUGGGAUUUAGAGGAGACUACUGACUCUAGUAAGAGGAAUAGGAUGGCGGUAAAAGUAACUACCCAGAGAUGUUGAGCAGACAUUAGAAUCAAUGACCUAGAAAUAGGAUUCCAGAUUCACAGUUAAGGAAAAUAUCGUGCUGUUUCAGCCAGGAAAAGGGAAAUUACAAAAAUUCUUGUCUUUCUGAGUGAUCGGGGAUUUAAGAUAAUGUUCAAAAAGGAAGAAUUUCAAAUUUUAAGGUCACCUGAUGCUGAAAUAAGCGGGAAACAAGAUAUUACUUUACAGUGAUCUGUUAAUUGGAAUUUAUACCAUACAGCCUACGAAAAAUAAAAAAAAUGUCAACAACACCGCUAAGAAAAGUGGAUAAAAUGUCAUCACAAUCACAACUAAAUUUUUCACCCGUUGAAAGCGGUCGAACCAACAGUCCAGCUUUGAUGGAAAAGAACAACAUUUCGAGUCCUGAUUUAAAAGGUAUUUUGGAUUUUCCUUCUGAACCAAAGAGAAGGAGGAUCAUGAUGGAUGAUGUCUCGAUAACCAGUAGCCAAGUCAGUAGUCAGGUGAGCAGUAGAGCUCACUCACCUUGUUUUUCGGAGUUGAUGGAUGAAAGUUUUCAGAGUACUCCCGGUACUACUCCUGGUACCUCCCCUGCAGCUACUCUAAAGGACCAGUUCAGAAGACGGUACAGUAAAUAUGAGCUGCUUACAGACAACUUUCAGUACCUUUUUGAUAAAGAUAUUCUGGAUGCCUGUAAGACUUCUGAUGAAGAAACGUCUGGUGAGAACAAUAAAGUUUCGCUAACAGAAUUUCGUAAACAGUAUCAUGAGCUAACAACAUGGUUAGCUCAGGUGCUACAGACUACCCAGAAAUCAACAGGUAGUCUGAUGCUAUCAGAGAAGUACUUAGUUCAGAAGGAUCAAGAAGAACUUUUGAACCAAUCUCCCAGACUUCGUCUCAUCAAUGACUAUGCCCAGCAGCUGGUGGAACGCCACCCUGGGUUCAAAGAGGAGGUUACCCCAUGCCUUCAGCACCUUCACCAGCAGUGGAAGGUGGUAGAGGAAGCUGUAUCAUGUAAAGAUAUAAGUAGAAACACCGAUUGCAUGAUAGCAGACAUGCAACAGGAUCUAAAAUCAUUGGCUCAAUGGCUUGAUGAAGUUGAACAAAAGUUAUUUUCGCUGACACUCCACUCAAAUACCAAUGAUGAGGAAGUUCUACAUUUACUGCAAGUUCAUCAGGUGCUCCAGAAAGACAUAGAAUCAAGGUCCAGAAAUAUUAAUGCGGUACUAAAACUCAGUGAUAGAUUACAAGAUGAACUUGAAGAAGAUUUUUCUUUGCUUCAACACUCACAAGCUGCCCAACAGAUACAGCGACGAUGGCAUGGAGUCUGGCUCCAGUCACUAGAAUCACAAUGUAGACUGGAAAAUGCCUUGAAAGCUAAAAAGAAACCAUUUUCAUCAGCAUCAUUCUUAUCAGGUUGGAUACCAAAAAAUUCUGGAUGGGAAAAAUUUGGAUCCAGUCCUCUCACUGAUGAUAGUUUCACUUUGAAUAAUCGUUGUGCCGAUUUUGUUGAAUCUCCCCUUGCUGAAGAUAGCGAUCAAAAAGAUAGUAGUACAUGUGUUGAAGAAACUGACAUAAACUGUGGACUUUCUCAUGCUUCCGGAGAUUUCAGCGGAAAAGAUAGUGCAGUCGUUAGCGAAGUGGAGUUUAAAAUGUCAUCAGAAUGCAGUGAUUCUGACCUAGAUAUGCUUAGAAAGAAUAAACAUAGACUUGAGAGCCGAGACAUUGGUUAUAGCAGUGGUACCUCUGUAUCCCCUAUCAACGCAGGUCACACCAGUACAGAAUCUGAUUGUGAUGAUAUACGUAAACUGAUUGAAAAGGUUGAUACACUUGUUGGUGAAAAAAUACCAGCUAGUGAAAAUAAGUCACCCAAAAGAGAAAGGAGAUCUCCUGUAAAGAGGAAGUCUGAAUCUCCUCCGAAGAUAAAUGAGAUCAGUUCAUGUGAUGCAAGUAGUGAGGAUAGCGAUGAAGGAGCUGAUGAAUUCUCAACAGCAACAGACGAGCAGGAAAUUUUGUGUGAUAGUGUAUUGGGACUGGAUUUCAAUUCUGAUGCUUCAUUGUCACCAACAACUCUCCCUAGAUUCCACGACACAUCAAAAUUAAAAAAGCGAAAACAACGAAAAGAUAGACCGUGGAGUGUGAUUCAGUUUAGUGAUGUUAGUGAUAAAGAGGUUGUGACAUUGUCUAAGUCUGAAACGUCAAUAAAUACAUUGGAAUAUGAAACUCCAAAACAAUUUAGUUCAUCGACUUUGCCAAAAUGUGGUGUUAAGAGAAAACUGUAUGAUACAACUCUGCGUGGGGAAGUUACUGAUACGGAAACCGAAGUGUCAGAUGCCUACGUGACAGCACAGACGGACAUAUCCUGUACAGAGGAUGAUGAUCCACUUAAUAGUACUGCGUCCAUGUCUGAACCAGUUUGGUGGGAUAACUACCACCAGCAAACAGUAUACACGUCCCUUGGUGAGGACCAAGAAGAAUUGCCCAUCUCCUGGGCCCAGCUAGAACAGGACUUGGAAUUUGACGAGGAAAUUACCUCUGCUCAGUCCUCUUCUAUUGUGAGAGAUGUUAUGGCUAAAAAGAAGUCAAAGCCAAAAUUGGCUACUCAGAGCAGUAAGCAUGGCUAUGACAGUGAUUCUGAUUUAGAAGAUUUAUACUUCUUCAUCAAAGAUUCUGCCAAACAGCUCAAAAUCACAGAUCAGUUCCUUAAGAAAAAGGUCAAGGAUUUCCAAGGCACAGGAAUUGACCUUAAUUCAAGCAAAUAUGCUGAAGUAAUAGCUACCUGCCAGACCAACAUAGAUUGCUUGAGGAGAGUAUUACAACACCUGGGAUCAGUUGUUAGUACUGAUGAAGAGGAAGAUGUUGAUACAUUGCAAGAAAUUCUGUACCAAUGGGAGAAGCUUCAUGCCUUUGCCAGUGAAAGACAACUACAGUCACAGCAAUUGUCAACAUUAUAUAAAUGUUUGGAGGACAUACAAUCGAAGUUUAAUGGUUGUGAUGUCAUUACCAAUCAUCAUAAAUUCUCAAGUAUCAGGGAGGUUGAACAGUGUCUCAGUCAUGUUAAGGAGAAACAUGAGACUAUGUUACAGACAAAGGAUAUGUUCUAUCACUUAGAGGAUAAAAUAUCUGUUUAUGAACUGGAGCACCCCUCUAUAAAUCUGGACCAAUUGUUAUUCCAAACAAAACUAGCUGGGCAGACUAUGUCAGAAAGAUCACAAAGACUAAGUCAGGAGAUGGCAAAAUUAGAACAUAUCCAUGAGAUCUGGCAGGAUUACAGUAAAACCAGACAGGAUCUGGAGAAACUACUGCAGGAACAGUUCAACGUAGAAGUUCUGGCUUCUAGGCUGGAGUCAGAAGAGGAUCAAUCAGAGGAUGUAUGCCUUCAGAUGAUAAAUGAGGCCUUAAAAAGUUAUGAAGAAAAAAGUCAAAAACUGCAGGUGCUGAGAGGUCAGCUAUCAAACUACCUCAACGAUGACACUAGGAGUCAGAUGAUGAACAGCAUGGCUGAUAUCCAUGAUCAGCUGUUUGAAGCUCAGAGAAAAUGUGGACAGUUGUUGAGAACAAUCAAUCAGGACUUGGCAGCACAAUUAGAAAAAAAUAGUGGCAGGACAUCAUCGGCAGCAUCAUCAUUAUUCUCAUCACCAUCAACAUGGCUGAAGUCACGUUAUGUUCAGGCAGCUGCUGUCUUUUUAAUGUUUGGUAUAGGUUACAUAUUAAACCCAGAGACUGUUACUGAGUUAGGCAACUGGUCUUUCUCCAUAACACCUGACUUUAAAUAUGUAAAUGGCCCUCCUCCAAUCUAAAGCUCAAAGUUUAAAGGUCAUAGUGUAUAUACAUAAUGAUUUUGUACUUACAGAUAUCUCACUGUGAAGAAGGUUACACAGAUCAAAAUAUAUAAAUGAGUCAUUGUAUUGUACAUAGAUGUGUACUUAUUAUCUAUAAGAGAAAAUUGCAAAAAAGAUAUAAAAAAUCGAUUGAUUUCUGUAGUCAAGAGUAUAUGUACAAAAAUGUCUCAGUGGGCAUGCCCAGCAUGCCCGGUAUGAUAGCGAAGAGAGUGUAAUAGUGCUAUGUAUAGAAAUAUGGUACUUAUUUUUGAGUAACCUACUCCAGUGCUCAUAUGAAGUAAAAAGCUUUGGAAUCAAGAUCUAAAAUAUAUAGUUUCAGAAAUGUAAACGUAAUAGGUUAAAGAAUAGAAUGUUCGAAAAGGUUGAAAUCAGUAACUUUCGUCAUUCAGGGAGAUUUUUUUUAUCAGGGAAAGAUCAAAGAAAAAAAUUAUAUCUAUGCAAUACAUUUCAUAAUUUUGUUUGCUGAAUAAAAAAUAUUAAAUCAAAACUAAAAAUUUACAAACUUGUUUUUGUUAAAAAAAUAUUAGAUAUGAAACUCUGAAAUUUUGAAGACGAACGUUCAAAACUACAAGUCCCAUAGAAUUUUAGAAAUUCCGGUAAUUUAGCACAUUGUAACAAACAUUUGUUCAUCAUGUGUAUAAAAGGCAGCUACACUGUAUAUAUUUCAUACUGUAAGACCACAUGGUUGUAUAUUUAUUUUUAUUUAAAUAAUAUUUAUCAAAUAUGUGUACUAGUGGUUGUUGUAGCGACAAUUUUUGUUUUAGUCAAUUGUCUUUUAAGUGUUGUAUAAAGGGUGGAAUCUGAAUUGUAUAUCAGAUGUCUUGUCGAAAUCAGAUAUGAACAAAAUCAAAUAUUUCAUUGAUGGUGUCUCGAUUAUCCAGGGAUGUGUGUCAACUAACAUCAUGAAAAAAUGGAGACUCAUGAUGAAAAUUGUUGCCUAAAAAAUAUUUGGAGGAUAUUAAUAGCAUUUAUCCCCAGGACUCAGGAAUUAAUUCAGAGGUUGAAAAAUAUUGUUAAAAAUAAGAAUGUGGAUUAGGAAUGAAUUAGAAGCUAUCUUCUCUAAUUUGAUGGAGUUUAAGAAUUGGGAAAGGAAAAAGUUAAAUAUGAAAUGGACAGAUAUUGCUGAAAGUAGCAAAUAAUUAUAAAGGGAGGAGUAUAGUAUUCAGGUUCUUUGUUGCAACGAAAGCUAAUACUUACAGAAAAGUAUAAAGAAGAGAGGGAAAGGAUUAUAACAUAACACUAUCAGUGAUUGUGUUAUGUAGCAGACGACAAAAAUGACUUUUGUAUAAUGAAACCUGGUUGUGUUGUGAUGUACAAAACGGGUUUGAUUAUGCUGUUAGAGAAGCUUUUUUUGUGGAGUGGUGUUGCAUGAAUUGUUUGUGAAGGCUUUGUAGAGCUUGACAUUUAUGUUAUAACUUAGGUCUAAUGAAUAAGGCUAAGUUAGUGUGAGUACGUGUUCUUAAUUAAUGGAGGAUGAAUAACAUUAAAUUAUUGAGUGUACAAAAUGCAUUGUAAUGCUACAUAUCAUUGUGUCCAUAAAUAUCAAAGAUUAAGCGAAGCCACUUGAUUUUCAGAGGUUGUAUAUAUUGUUGGAAUUAUCACAAUGGAAUGACUUGGAAGAUGCUAAAAACAAGAUACGAUUCUGAAGAUAAAUGUUGUUCUGAAUUUAGGGCUUGCAAAUCAUAAUUGCUCCUGCAAAAUGAUACUUAAAUUUUUAUUUUCCAUGAUUUAUGUAUUGUACUGCUUUGCCGCCUCUCAAUGAAGAACUGCAGUUAUCUUAGAAAAGUAUAUAGAUUGGAGGUAUUGCAUUAUAGAGUCAAGUUUUUUUAUAUUAAAACAGGUGUAUGAAAUGUUUUAUGUAGUAAGGUACUCUGGGUUUAACAUGGUGCUUUUGUCAGCUGUAAAAAAGGCCUUCAGUGUUAUUAUAUGUUAUUUAUUUUUUUAGUUCUGUAGUAACUAAUAGAGUGCUGUUUUGUUUCUGUGUUUCAAUAUCAAUGAAAUUUUUUUUAAACUUAAUUCCUUCAGAAUUUACACUAAAAUCAUACAUACAUAGAACAUCAUGCAAAAAGUAUGUGCUCUGUCAAGUGUGACUUUCUUGAUAAAACCGUCAAAAUCUUAAGGGCCCUUUAUAAAAUUAUUUGGAAAAAAAUAAAAAAAAUUUAAAACCAUUAGAAAGAUGUUUUAACCGUAGGCCUAUAACAAUCGACUCUUUCCAUGAUCCAAAUUCAAUUUAAUUGAAGAAGGCCUAUGGCUGAAUUGUACUGGUAAAUGUUGGAUCAGGUCUUUGUAGGAAUCAAAUCGUGGGUAAUGUACACUGCUAAAACAGCAGUGGACUUGACUGAUGAAGUCAUGGCUUUAUAUGACAUAUGAAUAUCUAUAUGGUUUCUGGGAUAUUGGUGUAUUGGAUCUUUCAAAUCAAUCUAAUUAAUACAAAGACCUGCAUUCAAUUAAAUGAAUUUUUAAUUUUGAAACAUUGCCUUGAGUAUGCAUGAAUAAUUGCCACUGGAUAUUUAGCAAACAGCAAUCAAUCAAUCCUUUAUUUUCAGAAUAGGAUAAAUAUUAUAUAGUGAUGAUGUUAAAACACAUAAAUGAAACCUACUGUUACCCUGAUUAUACUGGUACCCUGAAUAUACUGGUACUGUUUAUACAUUUUUUUAUGUAGUUUUGUUUUUACAGAGAUUAGUUGGUCUGAUUCAUAAUAAAAUGAAAAAAUAGCUUAAAAUAUUUUGCUUUUUUGUAUUUUCUUGCUCUUUUUCUCUCAUUGAGAAACAGUUAAGUCUGUUUGUUAUUUAUUUUUUUUAAGUUUGACAUGUUGUUGAUUAUUUUAAUUUGUUCAUCUUCAAUUUGAUGGUUUUUGUUUGAAAAUAAAAGCGUAGACGCUUAUUUGUAAUUAUAUUUUUAAAAUUGUAUAAAUUUUUUAUUUAUUUUUCAUAUUUAUUUUAGAUUUUUUAUAUAUAUUGUUGUUUUCAUAAUUUUUUGAAUGAAUUGGAAAGGGCUUCUUUAAACGUUAUAAAAAUUAUUUCUGGAAUAUAAAUGAAAUCCAAACAAUGGAAAGAAUAAGAAUUGGCCUAAAGUUCAUCUAAACAAUGUUCUAGUUGCAGUUACAGCUCUUUUCAUAAUGCUAGCAAGGCAAAGGUUUGUUUGGCUUGCUUGCUUUGUUUGUAUCAAUGUUUGCUCAAGCAUUGUUAUUAAGAUUGACAUCUGAAAACAACAUAAAAAGGAGGAUUUAAACUUGUAUACAUUAUAUUUAAAUUUGAUUGGACAUUAUCAAAUAAUCAAAUUUACCUUUACACAGAUUUAACUCCGCCUACUUAUAUUGUUUGCAGAUGUCAAUCUUAAUUACAAUGCUUGAGCAAACAUUGAUACAAACAAAGCAAGCAAGCCAAACAAACCUUUGUCUUGCUAGCAUUAUGAAAAGAGCUGUAAUCUGGAAUUUUGUUUGAUGUAAUUAUAAGGCCAGAUAAAGUUAAUUCCUAGAUUCUCAUCCUUAGAUUUAUUUUUCAAUUUUGCCAUGUAAAGAAAUUGUUCAUUUUCAGUUUUGAAAUCUUUAAUCUUGUUACCAUGUAAACCAGGUAAAAAAAAUCUAUUCAGCCCUGUUUAAAAAAAAAUAGUUGAAUGAGAAUGUAGGAAUUAUUACUUGACCUAAAUGAUAUUAUGAUUAAUUAUGAUAUUGGUAAAUGAAAAAUCCAAAAAAAUUAUCAGGUGCUAAACUUUGUUGUUGCUUGUUGCCAAAACACUAAUUUGAUAUUAAUUCAAACUUCAUACAAUGAUAUAGCAUGCAUAUCAAUGGCGUCAUCAAUUUCAACAGUCACAUUUUUAUCUCUAUAAAUUCAAUGAAGUGUGACUUGCAAAUCUUUUUAAAACCAAUGUAAUUGAUUUAUUGUGAAAACAUCAAGUGAAAUAGAAAAGUAAAAGUUAAAAACAAAAACUAUCAAGAGAUUUAUCAAGAAUUAAAAGAAUAUAUAACAAUACAGUAGGAUAAUAGCACUAUGGCAACCAGUUGUUACUUUCAUGUGAAAUCUGUUGAAGUUUAUAUGAGACGCCAUUUCACAUUCAUACUUUUCUUUUCAAUUGAUUUUUACAGAUUCUUUCUACAGUGCAAUAAUAUUUAAUUAUUUUUAUCUAGGUAAUGUGCCAUGUGUUCAUUCCAGCAGUGUUAUGACAAAGACCAGUUUAUAACCAUUUAUCCACACUAACUUGCAACUUUUCUAAUCUUGUCUGAAUGUUACAAGAGCUGUUAUAAAAAGUAGUAUCUGAAUUUUGCUUGAGCAGUUUCAAUAAUAAUGAUACUUAAAAAAAAGCUUAUAAAAAUUCAAAAAGAUUUGGUCAGUUGCAAGAAAGUCUGGAUAUGGUAUUGUGGUUUUUGUGUUACUAUUUAAUCAUGUUUCACCACAUGCAUAUGUGAUACUAUUAUAUGAAUUUUACUUCUGUAAGUGUUGGUAUAGAACUCUUUGAUGUUGAAAGCAAUUGUAUUUUAAUAUGCCACUCAACAAAAAAGAAGCCAGCAAAUUUCACCAGAUAGAUAAUGUCCAAUUGUAUCAAAAGUUGACUUCUUGUGAAGGUAAGAGAAUACAUUUAUCAUUUAUCGUCAGUAACAAAUAAGCCUGCUGGAUAUAUGCAUACCUGUUUCUAUGGGUUUGUGGCAUUUGCCCAGGUAGGAAUUACUUGUUAAAUGCUUGUAUCAUGCAUGUGGUAAAACAUGAGGAACUUUUCUAGCCGAUUAUUUUUUGCCACUAGUGAAAAGCUCACAAUUUGAUUGUUGUAUAUGAUUGUACAUUUACUCAACAAAAAUGUUCAUUUAUAAGUGCUAUCAUAAUCAUAUAUCUUUAUUUUACUCAUUAUAGAGUUUGACUUCAUGUUGGAACAGCCAUCAUGUAUCGUUGGCAAAGGUCAUUAAGGUCAUAACAUGUUUUCAACGUGGACCAGACAUUUGUCAAUGAUGUCACAGUAACUUUGUAUUGACGGUAGUCAUGGCUUUGUGUAAUGUUGACGUUCUGAGUUAAUAUUACACAGGCACCUUGACAUUGUUGAAGGUCAUGACUAUUUUUGAUACAGAGUACAAUCAAAUUAUAUAGGGUACAAGUUAAGGAUGUCUCAAAAGUUUACCGUCCCAAGGUCAAAAUUACUUUUAUUAAAGAAUUAAUUCCCUUAACUUUUGCCUUUGAUCUCUUGUAAAUGCCAUUUUUGCUUAAAAAGUAUUUAUUAAAAAAGUCGCAGAAAUACAGGCUUUUUGGCCUUGAAAAAGAAAUAUUAAAAUUUAAUUAAAAUUUGAAACUUUUAAAACAACGAAAUUUAAAAGUUAUUAUCCUGUAUUUUGUGACUUGAAUGGCAGAAAAAAAGAUUAAAAAAGAAAAAAAUGAUAAUCAAAAAAAGAUUCCUAAUAUUUGAUGUGGAUAAAGAGUUGUUGUACUAUUCAGAGUGUACAAAGAUGUAUAUCUAGUGAAAUAUGAAAAAAUAAAACAAAAAAAAGUAAAAAAACUUAAUUUUUACUGAUUGACAAUAAAAAUUUUAGAAAAUAUUUGAGUGAAAUACAUCUAUAAAAUGUGGCUCCAGUGGAAAUGUUGGCUAUCUGAAUCAUCGGAUUUUAUAACUAGACAACAAAAUCAGACGAUUCUGAUAGCUGUUUAUAUGUUCACUUGAGCUACAGAUCAUAAAAAUAAAUAUUGAGUUGUGAAAUUAAUUUAUACAGUUUUAUAUCAAAAAUGAUUGGGACUAUGAAAUUAUAAAUUUUGAGAAAAUAAAAUUUUUUUUUCUUUA